AUGGCGUCCCUUAUAAAUUGGAUAAAGGAUACAUUUCGCGGAAGGAAACAAAGAGGAGAAAGGGCUGGGGAUGAUGUUACACAGAACUUAGGGGACCAAAAAGAAAAGACAGUGAAAGAAGCACUCAAGCAAGGGAAUGGCUCUGUAUCUAAAAAAAUAUCUGACCAGGAAAACAAGGGACAAACUUUGCCACCUGGUGCAGAGAAUGGACAAAGUAGGAGCAAAGGUGGCUCACAGCUGUCAAUGUCAGAUCACAAGUCAUCUUAUGGCCAGAAGGAUGGUGAUGUUGAGGAAGCUCAAGCCAGUUUAGAUUCAACUGUGCAGUCUGAUCCAAAAUCACCGGAUGAUAGUUUUCUUAGCUUAAGUUAUGCAUCUGAAGGACCCUGUGGUCUAGACUUACACCUUCUUGACAGUUCUAGGAAUGGAGAUACCUCCAAAAUAAAGGUGGGUCCUGCAGAUCAAGAAAACCAAUGGAUUGUUCCUUCUGCAGAAACUAUUUUUGAUAACACACCCAAUAGCCAAGAGCCAAGCGCUGAUGGUACUGCUGAUGCUGCUUCUACUUCUUCUGGUAGUGUAUCUAGUGGUGCUGUUGCUGCUUCUUCCUGUAGUUUAUCUAGUGGUGCUGCUGCUACUUCUGGUUGUGUACCUGGUUGUGGUGCUACUGCAGAUCAUGAUGCUGGUGAUACUUCUUCUGAUAGUAUAACUAUUGGUGGUGCUGCUGUUGAUGCUGCUACUGGUGCUACUUCUUCUGGUAGUGUAUCUGGUGGUGAGGCUGCUGCUGUUGAUGCUGAUGCUGCUUCUUCUGGUAGUGUGACUGAGGGUGGUGCUGCUGCUUCGUGUAAUAUUGUACGUGGUAGUGGUGAGGCUGCUGCUGUUGGUGGUGGUGCUUCAUCUUCUAGUGAUGGUGAGGUUGAUGGUGCUGUGGCUGCUGGUAGUAGAAAUGUUGGUGGUGCUGCGGCUGCUGGUAGUAGAAAUGUUGGUGGUGCUGCGGCUGCUGGUAGUAGAAAUGUUGGUGGUGAUGAAAGGGCUCCUAUUGAAGAACCUGAAAAUCCUCUUGAAGGAGUUGUAGCCCAAAGGGACAACAGCUUACCAAGCCUAACUACCCCUCCAAUCCAGGAAGAGAGGCCAGAAACAGAAACUGCAGAUCCCACUCAAAACAGAACACUUGAAAGAGGAGAGGAGGACCUUAGAAAUGAAGAGACAGCCACACAGAGCAAUAGAUAUGAACAACUUCAUAUUUCAGAGGAAAUACAAAAAGAUAAAUUCCUUGAAGACAUGUUAGUGUGCAAACUUGACCACACAGUGCAUCGUUGCAUACGUAACUGGGAACAUCUGGCUUGCACACAACAAGUGAAUGCACCUCUGGAGACCCGGCUCAGAUGUAAACUUAUCAGUAGGGGCAGUUGUACUCGCACACUUAUUGACUUCCUGGCUGUUGAAAAAGAAGAUAAAAGUGUGCAGGAUUUAAUAACAGCAUUGAAGAAUAUAAGGAGAAAUGAUGUUGUUAAAAUGAUCAAAGAAGUUUAUCCAGAUGCUACAUGUGCUUCACAAACAAAGUUAAGUGACUUUGUUGCUUCCAAUGCCAACAAUGAUUUGAUUGAAAAGAUAACUACAAAACUGGAUGAGAGAUCUCGAGUUAAUUCGUGUUGGAUGGACCUUGGCAGGCAAUUUCAACUUUCUGGUGAAAAAAUAAAAGAAAUUGAAUUAUGUGGUGAGUCUAAUCCAACUGAAGCAUUAAUGGAAUAUCUUCACGCCAAACAACCAGGUCUCACAGUGAGAACGUUCUAUGCAAAAGUAGAGGAAAUAAAGCGAAGAGAUGUCCUAAAAAAGUUGAAACCUGUUUUUGACGAAGGUCCUGAAAAACCUUUAUGGGAUGGGAUAAAGUUAGAUUCGAAUGAAAUGAUGAGCAUCUGUGUUGAUCUAAACUCACAAAACAAAGCACUGAAGAACUGGAGGCAUCUGGCCAACGCACUGCAGGUUCCCAGGGACACGUACACGCAUUUUAACCCACAGCAGCCCAAGAGUCCUACUAAAGAGUUGUUAGAUUGGAUCUCUACAUCUAAGAGUGAUCUAAAAGUAGGUCAGCUUUGUGAUGCUCUGGAAAGCAUCGGGCGCAAUGAUGUAGUUAGAGACUUAAGGAAUUACUUUGAACAGCGUCCCGCUGGGAACUAAGCUCUAUGGACGGAUCAAAGUUAUUUUGUGAACCAGUCAAGAGCCCACAUGGCUUUCAAGUGGAAAAGCAACGUGGAGGAAGGAGACAGAACUACUUCAUCUGCUGUGAUGGAUUGAAGGCUGAGAGAAAAUAAUGUGCAAGUGCGAAAAACGACUACUCGAACAUCGAAAGAAACUGAGAUUAACCUGAUUUCCUUGAAAUCACAUCCAAUCGAAUAAGACGGGGUUAACCUUCGGAACAAGGUUACGAGACCCUAAGAAAGUUAGAAUGUUACGACGGGUGGUUUUCAUUCAGUGAAGGAAGGAGUAUUUUUGGCUCUAUAAAUACAAAACAGAAAACUGAGGCUUCUUCAGAAUAACGAUAAGGCCGAAAGUUAAAUGCGUGAAACGCAUGACUAUUGGAUCAUCUAACUUUAUCCCACAUUGAAAAAUGAAGUAGCUAGUGUUUUGAUUUAUUUUUUUAAUUUUCCGUCAAAUGCAAUGGCAAACGUAUCUUAAUGGAAAGAACUGUGACUUACUAGAAGCAACGAAUUCUGUUAUCCUUGGGAUCAAAGUCGCAAAAGAACUUUAACAAGAGUUUUGUAUGCAAAGAAAGAUAAGUUUUAAACAGAAUAAAGUCUUAACUAUCUGAGAUGGCAAACCCAUUUCAUUCCUGUCGUUUAGAACUAACAUUUUUGUGGACGAGAUGGUACAGUUUCCAUUUGAGUGAUGAGACAAAUUUCUUACAAAAGAAUAUGAAAAUGAAAAGAUUGACAAAGUGAACAAAUAUCUGCGUUCCUACCCUAGGAAGGGCUGGCUUUUUUGGCCUACUUACACCACUCUUAUGGCCGAUGCACUAGUCGUCGGAGCAUGAUGGGAUAACCAUGGGAACGAGUUUGUUGGGCUAGUUCGUAAAACCUAAGAAAGUUUACCUUUGACGAUGUAGUGGACGACAGA